AUGUAAUCGUCGACUAGUCGAUUUUUAAGGCAAAAAAAACCACUAUAUUUUUGACGAUGUUUUAUUGUAUAAAUACAUGAACUUUCAUGUAUAUCGCAAUAAUAAUAAAUAAUAUACUUAGAAAAUCGAAAUAAAUUAUUGUUAUGGACUUGAUGGAGGAUGAUUCGCUAACAUAUCUGUGCGAUGCAUCCAGAAGCUUCGCUCUUUUAAACAACUGUGUGUGUUACAGUAUCUGUUACAUCUAUGCAUAUUAUGGCAGACAAUAUUUUCAGAACUACAACAUACAAUGGAGCACAGAUUUCAAGAACCAUUUGAUACUAUUCUUCGAAAACGUGAAUACAACAGAAAAAAUGUACUUAUUGCUUUCUGCGUGUUUAUUGGUGUUGAUGAUAUCAAUGAUUUUUGUUAAUCAUAAAUUCAGAUUCAAAUCUAAACCCAGCGUCUUUACGAUCAAGCUAUGGUUAAAAGUACACGUAGUGAUUUUUUAUUUCGUUCUGGUUUCCUUCACCAUACCGUCAUUAAUUACGAUAACGAAGAAGUACGAUGUGUUGCUGGUUGGAAUUAUAGUCGGCGCGAUUUUAGCUUAUGAAAUAUACGUUGUCAAAUGUCUGUACGGCGAGGUACGUCUUCAGAACACGACGGUUCUUAAUUUAAUCAACCUCAGUUCUAUGCGACACUCAGCCCAGUUUACGAGUCAAGAUUUGCAUCUAGUAGUGAUUCAUUCGACCAUGGCGCUCAUGCCGUACUUUCUGUGGAUACUUUUUAUACUCGGAAAACGGACGAAUAGAAGGCCCACGCCACCCAAUUAUAUGCCCAUCCAGGUAUAGAACAUCGAAUAAGGAUUAUACGAGUAUAUAUUUAAUUAUAUUAUAGGAAAGUAUUAACCAUUUUAUGAUGUUGUGCAGUUAAAGAAUCAAACUUGUCGAUUUAUUGUUGCCUAUAUUAUAUUAGGUACAGUGACUGUGUGAC